UUUCACAGAAUUUACUAAGCACACCCAGAGACGAUAAUGCAAUGAGACAAUAUUAAUAACAUUCAGUUUUGCAUUAUAAUUUUUUAUUAACGAACCGACCGUCGCGAACGCUGCAGAUUGUUUAGUUGUAUGUGACGCGUUAGAGUGACCGCACCUAUUACAGUUCUGUGGUUUUGUGUGGUAUAAAAGGUGUAUUAUCGUAAUGACGAAAAAAUAAAUAUCAAUAAAGGAAUUAUAAGGUGUUGACUUUGAAAAUGAAGAACCCGUUUUAUUUUAGUAUUUUCCUGUUACUACUACAAUUCGGCGACAUUAUAGGCAGAGAAAUACCAUCCCCACCAUACAUAAUAAAACAACCCCCAACCGACGAGGUGCUGUUCCAAGUGGAAUCGAACGGAGAGAACGACAAACCCUUCUACAUAGAAUGCGAGGCUACCGGCGAACCAGCACCCAGAUACUACUGGGUGAAGAACGGUAAACCGUUCGCGUGGCAGACCUACGACGACCGUAUCUCCCAACAGACCGGCCGUGGUACCCUCUCAAUCUCGAAACCCUCCGACGUCGACUUGGGUCAGUACCAAUGCUUCGCCGAAAAUCAAUACGGCGUCGCCACAUCCAACUCGGUGUUCAUGCGAAAGGCCGAACUGAACUCGUUCAAGUCGACACAGCCGUUGUCGUUGACGGGAGCUGAGGGCGAACCCUUCCAGCUGCAAUGUUCGCCGCCGGACGGCUGGCCCAAGCCGGUCGUUCACUGGAUCUACUUCUUCACGAACGGCGCCUUCAAGACCAUCAACAGCUCGAGGAUGACGCUGGAUCCGGAGGGUAACCUGUGGUUCUCCAACUUGACCAAGGCCGAUGUGACGGACGACUUCAUGUACGCCUGUGCGGCCACCUCACCCACCAAAUACGAGUACAAAUAUGGUAACAGAGUGCUUCUCAAUGUAAUAUCCAACGGCGUGUCCGCUGCCCAGAACAAAUUUGCCCCAGUGAUGCAAUACGUAACCAGGAAAAACGAAGUGGCGUACAGAGGCAAGAGGGCUGAACUGUUUUGUAUAUUUGGCGGGACGCCGCUACCGCAGACUGUGUGGUCGAAGAACGGGGCGCUGGUUCAAGGGUCGGAUCGAAUAACGCAGGGCAAUUACGGGAAAUCGCUAAUCAUUAAAGCGGUCGACUUCCAGGACGAGGGCACCUACACCUGCGAAGUCAGCAACGGUGUAGGUGAAGCCAAGUCUUACUCCAUCAACCUGAAAGUUUUAGCCGUGCCCUACUUCAUCGUUGAACCGGAAAAGGUCAAUGCGGCUGAAGACGAGACUGCAGUGUUCGAGUGUCAGGCUGCCGGUGUUCCGGAGCCCGAAAUCAAAUGGAUCCACAACGGCAAACCGAUUGCGGAGGCGCCGCCAAAUCCACGCAGGAAGGUUUACAAGAACAAGAUCAUCAUCGAGGGUUUGCAGAAGAACGAUACCGGCAACUACGGUUGUAACGCCACCAAUCAACUUGGAUACGUCUACAAAGACGUUUACGUCAACGUUCUAGCUUUGGCGCCUGAAAUAACCGAGGCACCGAAAGACACAGAAGCGGUAGACAACCAGAACAUUACGAUGAUCUGCAAGGUGUUGGGCGCUCCGAAACCCAACGUCAAAUGGAUCCACAACGGCAAAGAACUGACCGGAGGCAGAUACACCAUAUUGGAAAACGGCGAUCUGUUCAUUUCGAAAAUACAAUUCGACGACCGGGGUAACUACACAUGUUACGCCGAGAACAAACUAGGUUCGACGAAAGCGAGCGCCAGAUUGGACAUCAAGACGCAUACGUACAUCACCGACGGCCCCGAAGACUACGAAGUGGAGGCGGGCACGUUGGCCACGUUCAGGUGUAACGCUGUGGCCGACGAGUCGCUCAACCUCGAGAUAUUGUGGCUGAAGAACAACGAGCAAAUCGACUUCGAAGGGGAACCGCGGUUCGUCAAGUCCUCGGACUACUCGCUUACGAUUACCAAGACUAUUGAAUUGGAUUCUGGUACUUAUACCUGUUUAGCUAAGACUGAGUUAGAUGAAGCCAAAGCUCAAGCACAACUCACUGUGCAAGAUGUUCCUAAUCCCCCACAUAUGCAAGGUGUGGAAUGUCAUGCCAAGGACGCGACAAUAAGCUGGCAACCGAUGGGAGACAACCGCGCCCCAAUCCUCCAUUACAUCCUGCAGUUCAACACCAGUUUCACACCGGACUCGUGGGAAGACGCCUACGACAACGUGCCGUCAGCCGACAUGACUUACAACGUUCCCAUGAGUCCUUGGGCCAAUUACACGUUCCGCGUAAUAGCCGUCAACAAAAUAGGCAAAUCCCUACCUUCUUCCCAUUCUGAAGUUUGCACCACACAACCAGAGGUGCCCCACAAGAAUCCCGACAACGUGGUGGGCGAAGGCGACCAGCCCGACAACCUGGUGAUCACCUGGACACCUAUGCCCAAGAUCGAGCACAACGCCCCCGGCUUCAAGUACAAGGUGUUCUGGAAGAGGGCAAUUCGUGGCAAACAGUUCGAAGUGAACGAAAUAACCGACUGGCAGCAGGGCAGAUUCGUCAUACCGAAUCAGCCGUCCUAUCAACAGUACCUGAUCAAAGUGGUCGCCUUCAACGAAAUGGGUGAGGCCGACGUGGCGCCCCAGGAGGUCGUCGGAUUCUCCGGCGAAAGUGAGCCCGAACAGGCGCCGCAAAAUUUCACAUUGAUGUCAAUUCAGAGUGCCACAACGGCAAUCCUCGGUUGGGAGCCGGUUCCGAUCGAAUCUGUCAAGGGUCAGUUUAAGGGUUACAAAAUUAAAAUCUGGAGCGACCAGUCUCCAGUCCCCAACGAGAUUUUGGUCCAGGGCGAGGCUAAGAGAGCUUUGGUAAACACUUUAGUGCCAUUCACUCAGAACUACGCCCAAGUAUACGUGUACAACGGCAAGUACAAUGGACCUCCCAGUGAGACUUUAAGGUUCGAGACACCGGAAGGUGUACCCGGAGAAAUGGACACCCUGGAGGCCACUCCGUUGGGCAGCUCCGCCUUCAUGCUAAACUGGAAGAAACCCGACAGGCCCAACGGAAUCCUCACCGGCUACAACAUCUACUACGCCACCGUUGACAACGCGAUGGAAGUGAGCCAGCCCAUCGAACGCACCCCACAAAUCACUGACCCCAACAGGCUCCGUGCCAAACUGGCCGGCCUGAGUCCCGGAACCAAGUACAGGAUAUACAUCAGCGCCACCACCAGUGCCGGCGAAUCCAAGAGGUUCUUCAUCGAACGAAUGACCAGAGAGGCGGGCUACCAGCACCCGUCCAAACCCAGCUUCGAGUGGAACAUCGUGCGCGACAGCAAGGCCGAAACGGCCAGCGUACAAGUCCACUGGCUGCCCAACGAAGACGGAAAGACCGGCUCGCACUUCUACGUCAAAUACAAGAAGCAAGGCGACACCGAGUACCUGCAAACGGCGCCAGAGAAGGCCGAAGACUUCACCGUCGUGUCCGGAUUGGAGACCGGCGAAUUGUACGACUUCAAAGUGACGUCCGUUGACGGAGACUACAACGUGGACAGCGACCCUAAAACGGUGAGCACGUACGACGUGGACGGGCCCAUAAUAAGGCCGAAGGAGAACGUAGCCACGGCCGGUUGGUUUAUCGGCAUGAUGUUGGCUAUCGCCUUCCUGUUGCUCAUACUGAUCAUCGCCUGCAUUGUGAAGAGAAACAGGGGCGGCAAGUACGCUGUCCACGAAAGGGAGCAGGCGAACGGUAGACACGACUAUCCCGACGAAGGAGGCUUCCACGAGUACUCGCAACCAUUGGACAAUAAGUCGCACGGCAGGGCCUCCAUGAGCAGCGAACCAAAAAUCGGACCUGAGAGUGAUACAGACUCCAUGGCUGAAUAUGGUGAUGGAGAUACAGAGGGUAUGAAUGAAGACGGUUCAUUUAUUGGCCAAUAUGGCCGCAAACGCGGACAAGGGGAGACCACAUCACAAGGGUUCACAACACUAGUUUAAUGUGUAGAUUUACCGAAGAUGGUUCCUUCAUUGGCCAAUAUGUUCCAAGUAACAUGAAACAACUAGGCACAAGUGGAACGUCCGGGGCAGCUAACAAUGCAAUGGCCACCUACGUUUAGUAAAAUUAUCCGAAGAGUUAUUUCGCUAAUAUGCGCCCGUCGCAUCGGUUACGCGCAACAAAGUAUGUGCAAGUGUGACGGUGCUUCAGGAAAAAUCAAAUGGAAUAAGCUUUCAGUGUUGUGCAUUUCUUUACCGGUACAUUACAUUUGUGUUUCGUGGAAACAGUUCUUCUCAAAGAUGUGUUCUAUUAUUAGUACUAUUAUUAUUAUUUUUUUUUGUUUAGAAUGUUAUUCUUCAUAAAUUCGUCCAAUUUUAUUUUUAAAUAGGUUCUAAUGUUUAAAAAUCAAAAUAAAUUUAAUGUAUAGUAAUAUAUUAUGUUUUCCAUUACAGUUUAAAAAUGAUUGAGAUACCGUUUUUUAAAUUGUAAUGGCAUUUGUUAAGUGUUAAAUAUUUUUUCUCUUCAAUCUUUAUUGUACUAUAGAUGAUUAUAGUAUAUUUAAAAAUGUUUAAAAAUUAUGUUCUACUCUAAUAGAUAUUUAACUAAGGCAUAUACUACUAUGCUUCGAUACGAAUUGAUCUUAAAUCUCAAAAUUCUCUCUAUAGAUAUUAGGGAUUAAAUAACUAAUCUCCCAUAGGAAAUCGUUUGUUAUAUUUUUUAUAUACAUUAUUUUUUUUUUUAUUCUUGACACUGCCUAAUAAUUUAUAAUGUAUAUCAGUUAAGGCUCCCAAUUGUCUCAGAAGUUGUUGCUACCAAUACUAUUUAUUUUUAUAUGAUUAUUAAUUAUUAUUUUUAAUGGUUCGACAUGAUUGUGUCUACAUCACAUCUUUUACUCAUUAAAUCAUGACAAUACAAUUUUAAAAUUUAGCCAAUACGUGGUAACAACAACUCGCAAACGAUCUGUGAACAGCGUUUUAUAAAUAUAGGUUUAGUAGGAGGCGUUUUUCAAUUAGUGUUUUUUUCUCUCAAGUGAUCGGACUGAAUUAUAUAAGAUGCGUCGACUGUUUUAUUUAAUCAGUCUGUAUCGAUUACAAUAAUCUCGUAUAUAGUUUUUGUUAUUUGUAAUAUAUAAUUUGUAUGUAUAGGAUUUGACUUAUCAUCAUCAUCUAAGAAGGAGAGUAGUCCUUUAUUCUUACAUAAAAAUAUAAUUGACUUGAUCUGUAUACAACCAGUGAAAAAAUAUAUUUUUGAAUAUAGGACAUUUUUAAUGGAAGGGUACUGAUAUUUGGCAAAUUUGGCAAUUGCGUGUUAUUUUGGGGAUUAAGCUUUCUGUAAAACAGGAUAGAGGUGCUAGUAAUGUGGUAAUUACUUUGUUGCAUGUUUGCUUGUUAUGUUAAAAGUAACAGCUUUGGAUAAAAAAUAAACCUGGUUUAAAUUUACGAAUGAAAUCGAGCACAUUCCAAAUUUAAACUCACAUUUAUUUUAUACGAGUACUAAUUUUCGGUGAGAAAGUGUUUUACUUACUAUUUUGGCUUUUGUGUAAAAUAUAUGAAAUGUUUUGUCAGUCACAGCACUUUAUAUAUGUAUAAGUAUAUAUGCAUAUCUAUUUAUAUUGGCAGAAAUAUUGCACUACUCUUUGUUGGUUAAUACUAGGAGUUUUUUUGUAAGAUGGAAAUUACCAAAGUACAGAUACAUUAAAACUGCAAUUUUAUAUGAUGUAGACCGAUUUUUUUUUACAGGAAGCUGUGUUAUUUAUUUAAGGAUUUAAAUUAUUUAUUACAGUAACUAUAGUGACUAUGUUCAAUAUUCUGGUUGUUAAGUUUUGAUGUAUAUGUGCAUAACAUAAAUAUGUGCUUCUAGUUAUUCACAUAUUAUAUCAUAUUAACUAUUACUAAGUAACUCUGGCAGUUUUCGUAUGUAAACAUUUUACAAAUUAUUUACAAAAAAUGUAUGUAUAAGCUUGUCGUGUUAUUUUCUAUGAAUCAUCUUUUGGCGAAAUAUUUCGAAAUUAAAAAAGCAUUACUACUUAUAUAUUUUUUUACUAACAAAUUUACUUUGUUACUUUUGUAUUACUGUAUUGUAUAUGCCUUUCUCCUGCUACGUUAUAGAUUUUUUUAUACAAAAAACUGGUUUAAAAAGUAAAUAUUGUCAUAAUUUUUGCACUUAAAUAAAAAUUUGAUGAAA